CGUAAUCGGUGUAUUUAAAUGGUCCAAGGUGGUAACACACCUUCAAUGACAAUGCCAUCUGUCAAAAACCUGUCAGACAGGCCGAGUAUAUGGCAGAGAGGACGGUAAAAUAAUCUAGCUAGGACAGCUCAUUGAAGUCGUGUAGCUAGCUAACUCUAUUCUAACGGCCACAGAUACAUAUAUAUUAGCUAGCAAGUUUAUAUCACAUUUGCCUAGCUAGGACUAGACAGAAUCUUGACUUUAGCCAGCUACAGUAUAGGUAGGCGACGUAGCUAGCUGACUAGCUUCAGUAGUUAGCUGGCUUCCCGCGCUAGUCGUGUAAUUUACGUGUUGCAUCAAGCAGUGUCGGUGUCAAAAAGUAGCUAAUAAUAGUUACUUGACAGAUCACUGCACCCUGAAUCGCAAACUUGUGCUGAAGACUGGUGAUGGACUUUCUUGCUGGCUGCAUUGGAGGUGCUGCCGGAGUCUUAGUAGGACACCCUUUUGACACGGUUAAGAAAGUCUUACAGUGUUAGUAGAUACUUCUUCACAACAGUACACUGUAGUGAGACUACAGGUCCAGAAUGUGGACAAGCCUCUUUACCGCGGGACCUACCACUGUUUCCAGUCCAUCGUACGGCAGGAGUCAAUGUUUGGGCUGUACAAAGGCAUCGGCUCCCCCAUGAUGGGCUUAACCUUUGUCAAUGCCAUAGUGUUUGGAGUGCAGGGCAACACCAUGCGUUACCUGGGCCAUGACACCCCUAUGAACCAGUUUCUGGCUGGGGCCGCAGCUGGGGCAAUACAGUGUGUCGUCUGCUGCCCCAUGGAGUUGGCCAAGACACGCAUGCAGAUGCAAGGCACCGGGGAGAAGAAGUCCAAGAGGAAGCUGUACAAGAACUCCCUGGACUGUCUAGCACAUAUCUACAAGCGGGAGGGGCUGCUGGGCGUGAACCGCGGCAUGGUCACCACGUUGAUCCGAGAGACCCCCUGCUUUGGAGUCUACUUCCUGACCUACGACAUCCUAACCCGCUCCAUUGGCUGCGAGCCCGGCGACCGUUACAUGAUCCCCAAGCUGCUCUUUGCUGGCGGGAUGUCCGGGGUCACCUGCUGGCUGUCCACCUAUCCUGUGGAUGUGAUUAAGUCCCGCCUCCAGGCAGACGGGGUGGGCGGAGUCUACCAGUACAGCAGCAUCGCUGACUGCGUGCGGCAGAGUGUGAAGAGGGAGGGGCUCAUAGUGUUCACGCGAGGUCUCACCUCCACCCUGCUCAGGGCGUUUCCCGUCAAUGCUGUCACCUUUGCCACAGUCACUCUGGUGCUGAUGUACGCACGGGGGGUGGAGGGGCCAAAGGACAGUGAACCCGCGACCCCCGUCACUGCUCACCACACACAGCUGCAGCAGCAGGACCAAGCCUCCAGCCUGUGACCUGAGUCUGGAGGUGUUACACCCACCUGAGCUGCUCUAUGGUGGGGUGGGGGAGGGAGGGAAACCCAUAGGGCCAAAUGCACUUUGAAUCUGAGUAUGGAAGCACAUAUACAUACAGCUGAAUCAGGAGUCUAUCUAUAGAUAUGCAGUGUCUCCACUUGACUUGUAAAUAUAAUUUACUCAAAGCACUGAUAUCGUUGGAAGAUGAGAGAAAGAAAGAAAAUUGAAUGUAGUGAGACAGAUGCUGAACCCAAAGCUUGAUAUGCUUCUAAUAUUUCUUCUGAAAACCAAAAUAGUUAUGGUUAGGUCACUGGUACAAUCACAAGUCCACUAACUAGGACUGUAAAUCCAAUCAAAUUUUAUGUUUCACAUACUUUGUAGACAACCAGUGAAAUGCUUACUUACUACGGGUCCUUUUCCCAACAAUGCAGAGCUAAAGAUAAGAUAUCUUUUUUGAAUAAAAAUAGGGACGUGGGGAUUAAAUACACAGUAAAUAAGAAUAAUGAUUCAAAAUAACAUGGCAGUAUACAAACGAUGUGCAGGGGUACUAGGUAAUUGAGGUACAGCUGAAGUCGGAAGUUUACAUAGACCUUAGCCAAAUACGUUUAAACUCAGUUUUUCACAAUUCCUGACA